AUGCCUUGGCCAUCAGAUUAUGGAAAUGAUUUGGUGGCGCAGCAUUCAGUGCACCACCCUCCGUUUCCCGACCUUUCACUUACCGGUCCAGUAUCCAUGCACGAUACAGCAGUUCUCGUACCCCGUAUCCUCGUCACACCUGAGGUUGAAGCAAUAGAGGGUAACAGAGGCUCGAUAUGGGUCGCCGUCGAAGUCUCGGCAGAGUUAUCCCGUCCCUACAACGGGAAAUUCAACCCAAGGGUCAAUACAAUGAGUGGUGGUUUACCUAUAUCCGGAGAUGAUGCCUGCCAGGUCGGAGAUCGGUAUGGCCGUAUGUACGACAUCAACGUCCAAUUUAUUCCAUUGGGGAAUAACCGCAUCCUUAAUAUUGUUCAAGAAAAUAAACCCGCACCUAGCAUAAUAUCCCUCGAGGUCAAAGUGCUUAUUCUUGUCCACAUCCACUUUGAGCCUCAAAGCCCCGCCCCUUUCCCGGCCAACGGUCAUCUCCGGCAGAGGUCUGACGAGUUAAUUGACGACCUGGAAAAUCAACUAGGGGGCUCGAUAAUAGAAUAUCUCCGCAUCGUGGUCACUUAUAAGCACUCCGCGUUCCCCAGAUACAACGAACCUGACAAGGUCGACGGUGUCGCCGAUGUGGGGACCAAACUGGAGACAUCGGCUAUAGCCGUAAUUCAGCAACUCAAUCAUAGAUCACCUUGGUCCCCGUGUCUAACGCCAACACGAAAUCCACUAUUUGGCAUCAUUUACCAGCAUUGGCCCUCAGACCCGGAUAAAUGUAGAGAUGCCAUACAGCAGAUUGUAAGGCAGCAAUCAAAUUCGCGCAGCCUGGCCCAGCCUACUUUGACGCCCAAACUGUCGGCCGAAGAUUCACCCAUGACAAUGAGAACACCACCUAUAGUACCCAGACGUGAAGCAAGUCUGGGCAAAUAUUUCACAAUGCAAGAGUCCGAAACAAGUCGACACAAAUGUUCCAAGUUCCGAAGGAAUUCGGGUGUGGGCUGGCGGGGGACCGAUGUAGGGCAGCCGGAGCGGGUUCCGUCUUCCGCAACGUGCCCAGAUGAGUUGGCGGCUGAUGUUAGUGACUGGAGGACUGUAGGCAUGCUGAGAAGCCCACGCUCGAUGGGCGCUAGAGUCCUGAGAAGCUUAGAGUCUCCUGUUUCUGGCGCGAGUACAGAUGUACAUUCAGUUGGAAGCUCGCUCCGCAGAUCAGGCCAAAAGCAACCAAGCCGCUAG